UCCCGCGGCUCCGCUCCGCUCGCCUCUUCCUCUCCCUUUUCUUCCUCCAGCAGUCUCCACGUCCGUUUGAAUGUGUGCAGCUCGGGAUGUGACAGCAUUCUGGCUGCUGCGUUUCCACAGGAAAAAAUAGAAACAAACUAAGAAGGAAAAAAAAAAAAAAAAAAGAAAAACAGCUCAGCUCUCUCUGUGUUUUCCGUCCGUCUUUUUGCUGCUCUUACUGUCUUUUGCCGACAGUGAUAAAGAGAGUAGUAAAAAUCGGGGGUCCCUGUGUUUUUUGGAAUAAGAACAUAAGCAUUGCUGUUUUCUGACUUUGAGACAGAAGAGAGGAGAGACUCCUUAGGAAUUUCCCAAGGAUUUUUAUCCGGACGGCUCCGUCACCGGAGCUUUAUGUUCUCCUGCCUGGGUGCAUAAUGUUACCAACUUUUCCACACUAGGGAAAUUCUGAGGAGUUCUUUUCUGUCUUCGCUCUUAGUCUGAGGCAGCAGUCGCAACCGUUUGUUCCAAACAGGGUGGGGGCAAAGGGAGCUUUAGUUGCAGCGGUGUGUCGGCGAGGUCGGCCUGCAGCAGCAGGGGCAGCAUGGUGGCACCUGCAUGAGCCCGACGGAGAAGCCUAGAUUCUCUUGUUCUCUUUCCUGAGAUGUCAACCACAGGAUGAGGCCUGAGGCCAGGUCUCAGGAGAGAGAAUGUUCCAUGACUUUCACACCUUCAACCUCAAGCUCAUGAUCUGCCGGGAAGUUUGCUUGAGUGGUGAAAGGUGGUUAUUUGCUGUUUGCGCUCGGAGCCGAGGAAACUGACAAUGCGGUCUGAUCUUAAUGAGCUGUGAAUACCCUGCAUCUGAGAAAUCAGACCAGACUGACUCACAGGGCUCUGUGAGCCAGUGCCACUGAGGCUGCCAAAGCAUGCUGGUGCCAAGCUGUCCCACCAUGCACAGAGCCAGACCCACGCUGCUGCUGCUGCCACCGCUGCUGCUGCUGAUCCAGGGUCUGCUCCUCCACCUCGCCGACGCUCAAACACCGCCAAAGUUUUUAAGAACCCCCAAUGACCAAACAGGCGUGCAGGGAGGCGUGGCGUCCUUCAUCUGCCAGGCCACCGGAGAUCCACAGCCGAAGAUUGUGUGGAACAAGAAGGGGAAGAGAGUCAGCAACCAGAGAUUUGAGGUAGUGAUAGAGUUCAGCGAUGGCUCUGGCUCCGUGCUAAGAAUUCAGCCGUUGCGCACGCCCCGAGACGAAGCCAUAUACGAAUGCGUCGCCUCCAACAGUGUUGGAGAGACGAGCGCCACCACCAGGCUGACUGUUUUACGUGAGGACCAGCUGCCCCCUGGCUUCCCCACCAUAGACAUGGGCCCACAGUUAAAGGUGGUGGAGCGAACGCGCACUGCCACCAUGCUCUGUGCCGCCAGCGGCAACCCCGACCCAGACAUCACCUGGUUCAAAGACUUCCUCCCUGUCAACACCACCAACAACAACGGACGCAUUAAGCAGCUCAGAUCAGAAUCCUUUGGUGGUACGCCAAUAAGAGGAGCCCUGCAGAUAGAGCACAGUGAGGAACCGGACCAGGGAAAGUACGAAUGUGUGGCAACGAACAACGACGGGACUCGCUAUUCUGCCCCGGCUAAUCUUUACGUCAGAGAGCUACGAGAAGUACGGCGAGUCCCACCCCGAUUCUCCAUCCCACCGACAGACAAUGAGAUCAUGCCUGGUGGCAGCGUGAAUAUCACGUGUGUAGCUGUGGGCUCGCCCAUGCCGUACGUCAAGUGGAUGCUGGGCGCUGAGGAUCUCACCCCGGAGGACGACAUGCCCAUUGGACGCAACGUCUUGGAGCUCACGGAUGUGCGACAGUCGGCCAACUACACUUGUGUUGCCAUGUCAACACUUGGGGUGAUAGAAGCGAUGGCCCAGAUAACAGUAAAAGCACUACCCAAGGCUCCUGGCACUCCGGUGGUGACUGAGCGCACAGCCACCAGCAUCACGCUGACUUGGGACUCUGGCAACCCCGAGCCAGUGUCCUACUACAUCAUCCAACACAAAUCCAAGUACUCUGAUGACCUGUACAAGGAGAUAGAUGGUGUUGCCACCACCCGGUACAGCGUGGGCGGCCUUAGCCCCUACUCCGACUACGAGUUCAGGGUGGUGGCUGUGAACAACAUUGGACGAGGGCCGCCCAGCGAGAGCAUCGAGGCCAAAACAGCAGAGCAGGCCCCGAGCACCGCGCCGAGGCAGGUUCGAGGCCACAUGAUGAGCGCGACCACGGCGGUCAUCCAAUGGGACGAGCCGGAGGAGCCCAACGGGCAAAUCAUGGGCUAUAGGGUGUACUACACCAUGGAUUACAGCCAGCAUGUUAAUGUCUGGGAGAAGCAGAUAGUUCGGGGGUCUAACUUCGUCACCAUCCAGGGCCUCAUCCCGAAUAAGACCUACUACAUCAAAGUGUUGGCCUUCACCUCUGUGGGCGACGGACCCCUUUCUCCUGAGCUGCAAAUCAUCGCCAAGACUGGAGUUCCCUCCCAGCCGACUGACUUUAAAGGAGAAGCCAAAUCAGAAACAAGCAUUUUGCUUUCAUGGAAUGCUCCGGCCCAGACGGGACUGGAAAACCAAGUGACCGGAUAUGAGCUCACGUACAGAAAGAAGGACGACAAAGAUGAGAAACGGAUCAGCUUCGAACCGACAACCACAUACCUGCUGAAGGACUUGAAGCCCUUCACCACGUACACUUUUCGUCUGGCCGCCCGUAGUAAACAUGGAAUUGGAGCUUACACCAGUGACAUCUCUGCAGAAACUCCACAGACGCAACCGGCCGGCCCACCUCAGGAUGUAAAGUGCCACAGCCCCAGCUCGACCAGUAUCCUGGUAAGUUGGCGGCCGCCAGCUGUGGAGCUGCAAAACGGGAUCUUGACGCAGUACGCUAUUCACUACGCCGCCACCGCAGGGGAGGACACCACCGCUCGCCGAAUCUCUGGCAUCCCUCCGGAGAGCACCAAGUAUCUUUUGGAGAACCUGGAAAAAUGGACUGAGUACCGUGUGUCAGUCACUGCCCACACAGAUGUCGGAGCAGGACCUGAGAGCCUGCCGCAGCUUAUCCGAACAGAGGAGGAUGUUCCUAGUGGGCCACCUCGUAAAGUCGAGGUGGAGGCUGUCAACUCUUCAUCAAUUAAAGUGAUUUGGCGCUCACCGGUGCCCACCAAGCAGCACGGUCAGAUCCGAGGAUACCAGGUGCACUAUGUCAGGAUGGUUAAUGGGGAGCCCACGGGACAGCCAGUCAUCAAGGACAUCCUGAUUGAUGAUGCUCAGUGGGACUAUGAUGAUACAACUGAACAUGAAAUGAUCAUCACUGAGCUGCAGGCCGAAACCACGUACUCAGUCACAGUGGCAGCCUACACAACAAAGGGUGACGGUGCACGCAGCAAACCCAAACUGAUCACCACCACUGGCGCAGUUCCUGAGAAACCUCGCCUCACUGUCAGUACAACAAACAUGGGAACAGCUCUUCUCCAGUGGUACCCCCCAGCAAUAAUCCACGGCCCCCUGCAGGGCUACCGCCUUCGCUUUGGCCGCAAAGAUGUUGACCCACUGACUGUUAUCGAGUUCCCUGAGCGAGAGAACCACUACACCACCAAAGAGAUCCACAAGGGAGCCUCGUACACCUUCCGCCUUUCAGCGCGCAACAAGGUGGGCUUUGGGGAGGAGACAGUCAAAGAGGUCAUCACAAAUGAAGAAGUACCGAGUGGUUACCCACAAAACAUUAAAGCAGAGGGAGCCAGCACCUCCACAGUUCAGGUCAGCUGGCAGCCUGUUCUCCUGGCAGAGCGAAAUGGUCAAAUAGUGAAAUAUGCUCUGCAGUACAAAGACAUCAACAGCCCGCGGAGUCCAUCAGAACUCUUCAUCACUGCCCCGGAAUCAACCGUCCUCCUGGAUGGGCUCAGGGCAGACACUACUUAUGAUAUUAAAAUGUGUGCCUUCACCAGCAAGGGCUCUGGUCCCUAUAGCCCAAGUGUCCAAUUCAGAACACAGCCUGUGGAUCAAGCAGUGUUUGCAAAAAAUUUCCACGUGAGAGCUGCUAUGAAGUCGUCAGUGUUGCUGACGUGGGAAAUUCCAGACACCUACAACCCCGCACAACCUUUUACUAUCCUCUAUGAUAAUGGGCAGAGUGUGGAGGUGGAUGGAAAGCUAACACAGAAGCUUAUCACGGGUCUUCAACCAGAGACACAGUACUCCUUCCUGUUGACCAACCGUGGGAACAGCGCUGGAGGGCUUCAGCAUCGCGUGUCCACCAUGACGGCUCCAGACGUCCUUCGCACCAAGCCCUACAUGAUUGGCAAAACAAAUUCAGACGGGAUGGUGACCGUAGAGCUCCCAUCAGUCCAAACUUCUGAAAGAGUAAGGGGUUACUAUAUUGUGGUCGUACCUCUGAAGAAGCAACGCACUGGGAAGUUUUACAGUCCCUGGGACAGUCCAGAUGAGAUGAAUCUGGAAGAGCUACUGAAGGAGAUAAACCGAACGAGCAGAGCCCUUCGCUUCCAGAGGCACGCCGAGCCCAAAGCCUACAUUGCUGCGCACUUCAAAGACCUGCCCAAAGAGUUCACCCUGGGAGAUGGCAAGAUCUACGACGACUUUGAAAACAAACAACUCCAGAACGGCCAGGAGUACAUCUUCUUCGUGCUCGCCGUGCUGGAGAUGUCUGAAAACAUCAUGUAUGCCACCAGCCCGUACUCCGACCCAGUUGUUUCAGCAGACCUCAAUCCCCAGCCAAUCAUGGACGAGGAGGAAGGUCUUAUCUGGGUGGUGGGGCCCGUGCUGGCAGUUGUCUUCAUCAUAUGCAUCGUCAUCGCCAUCCUUCUUUAUAAAAGCAAACCAGACAGAAAAAGAGCAGAAACCGAAGCCAGAAAAGGCAGCCUUCCAAACAGCAAAGAAAUGCCUCUUCAUCAUCCCACUGAUCCGGUUGAGCUCCGGCGUCUUAACUUCCAGACACCUGGUUCAGGUGCGCCCAGUCACCCCAGUAACCUCCAUUUGUCAAGUAUGGCGAACCACCCUCCGAUCCCCAUCAUGGAAUUGGCCGAUCACGUAGAGCGCCUGAAAGCCAAUGACAACCUAAAGUUUUCGCAGGAAUAUGAAUCCAUUGACCCCGGUCAGCAGUUCACUUGGGAGCACUCCAACCUGGAGGUCAACAAACCAAAGAACAGAUACGCCAACGUAAUUGCCUACGAUCACUCCAGAGUCCUACUCUCUGGUAUCGAUGGAAUCCCUGGAAGUGACUACAUCAACGCUAACUACAUAGAUGGCUACAGGAAGCAAAAUGCCUACAUCGCCACCCAGGGAGCUCUGCCAGAGACGUUUGGUGAAUUUUGGAGGAUGAUAUGGGAGCAGAGGAGUGCCAUCAUUGUCAUGAUGACGAAACUGGAAGAGAGGUCGAGGGUGAAAUGUGAUCAGUACUGGCCCACAAGAGGGACAGAGACCUACGGUCUCAUCCAGAUAACGUUGCUGGACACAGUAGAGUUGGCCACAUACUGCGUCCGGACGUUCGCACUUUUUAAGAACGGCUCCAGUGAGAAGAGGGAGGUGAGGCAGUUCCAGUUCACUGCCUGGCCAGACCACGGGGUACCGGAGCACCCCACGCCGUUCCUCGCCUUCCUCAGACGGGUGAAAGCUUGCAAUCCUCCAGAUGCGGGGCCCAUGGUGGUGCACUGCAGUGCUGGGGUGGGCCGCACCGGCUGCUUCAUUGUGAUUGAUGCCAUGCUGGAACGUAUCAAGCACGAGAAGACCGUGGACAUCUACGGACAUGUAACGCUGAUGCGCGCCCAGCGCAACUACAUGGUGCAAACAGAAGACCAGUACGUCUUCAUACACGACGCGCUCCAGGAGGCCGUCAACUGCGGCACAACCGAAGUGCCCGCCAGAAACCUGUACGCCUACAUCCAGAAACUGACCCAGAUAGAGGGUGGAGAGAAUGUCACUGGCAUGGAGCUGGAGUUCAAGCGCUUAGCCAACACUAAAGCUCACACGUCGCGAUUCAUCAGUGCCAAUCUCCCCUGCAACAAGUUUAAGAACCGCCUUGUCAACAUAAUGCCAUACGAGUCCACACGAGUGUGUCUUCAGCCCAUCCGAGGAGUGGAGGGCUCAGACUACAUCAAUGCAAGCUUCAUUGAUGGGUACAGGCAACAGAAAGCUUACAUUGCAACACAGGGACCGUUGGCGGAGACCACAGAAGAUUUCUGGAGAAUGCUCUGGGAGCACAACUCCACCAUUGUAGUCAUGCUGACCAAGCUCAGAGAAAUGGGCAGGGAAAAAUGUCACCAGUACUGGCCGGCAGAGAGGUCAGCCAGAUACCAGUACUUUGUGGUGGACCCCAUGGCCGAGUAUAACAUGCCCCAGUAUAUCCUGAGAGAGUUCAAAGUGACUGAUGCCAGGGAUGGACAGUCACGAACAGUAAGGCAGUUUCAGUUCACUGACUGGCCUGAACAAGGAGUGCCAAAAUCAGGAGAGGGUUUCAUCGAUUUCAUUGGCCAAGUACAUAAAACAAAAGAGCAGUUCGGCCAAGAUGGUCCCAUCUCUGUCCACUGUAGCGCUGGAGUUGGUAGAACCGGAGUUUUCAUUACCCUCAGCAUCGUCUUGGAACGGAUGAGAUACGAGGGUGUGGUGGACAUCUUUCAGACAGUGAAAAUGCUACGGACACAAAGACCAGCGAUGGUACAGACAGAGGAUCAAUACCAAUUCUGCUACAGAGCCGGCUUGGAGUAUUUGGGAAGCUUUGAUCACUAUGCAACGUAAAACGCCCAGUAUUGGAAGAUAAAACUGGAGGGCCCUUUGGGAGAAAAAAGAAAUCCAAGCGAGCCUCUCUUCUGAGCCAUAAAUUCCUGCUUGAGAAAGUACUCCUUAACUCCUUGCUAACAAUUCAUUUAAGUGUUGGAUGUGCGACAUGACUCGUCAAAAAAUGAAAAAGAUGAUUCCCGGAGGACCAAGUAAUUUCCCCAACAAGCCCAAAUAAAAAGAACCUCAGCUUAAGACGAGCAUGAGGGUGGGAAUCCUGACUGUUGAAGCAUCAUAGGGAAUUACCUUUUCUUUUUUGCUUCAAGGAUCCAUUUUGGGGCUCAUAAAACUAAAUGAAACCAACGCAAGAAAAAAGUUAAUGAACAAUAAUGACGUCGUCAGAAAUGCAUCAGUGAUUAUGACCCAUAACGAGAGACAACGAGAAGCACACCGAAAUAACAGUGGGAAGCAACUCAAUGCACAUUGUACAAAAAGAAAAAGAGGAAAAAACAUCAAAUCUGUUUCACAAUCAAGUCCACACAUCACAUCAAGAAGACGAUGCUUGGUCCACAGGAGCAGAACAGACUUAAAGUAAUAAUGAAUAAAUAAAUACCCCUUUUAUCUGGUCGCAAUGUUGAUUCAUUUCAGUUUGGGGGAGAGGUUAAAGUUAAAAUACAAAAGUAUUGAUUUAGUUUUUUAUUAUAAAGUUGAUGUGCUUUUUUUCAAAUGUCUUUUUCUUUUCUUUUACAGAGAAAAAGCGUUAAAAGAUUUUUUUAAAGCUGUAGAACUGUUCUAAUGUACGUGCUGUUUUUGCAGAGAAUCCGUUUGCUAAUUUUCAUACACUUCAAAAAUUCACACCAUCCAUAAUGUAACUUCCUUCAGCAGUUUUUUAUUUUUUUUUUAUUUUAGCCUGGAAUUGUUCAUAUAUUUUUGUCAAGUUUUCUGUCUACAAUCACUCACAUUAUAACCUGAUUACUUCCAUUUGAUUAAAGGGCAUAUAUCAUCAUUUUCUACAACUUCUUCAGUUUUCUGGGUUGAAACUUCACGUAGAAACUUUGAUUAGCAUGUGAGAAAGAUGUUUAAGAGGAUGAGCGAAGAACAGAGCACAAUGCAGCCGAGAACGCAGCUGAAUGUCGCCGAACAGCGAUGACAUCACAUCUCAAACACCAAAAUCAGGUGUAAAGUGAGACAUUAAAACUAGUUUUCGCUGAACAACGACCACCAGUAUAUUUUAUACAGGCUAACCACGCAGAGCAAUUCUCCAUAUUAUUAGUCUGUUUGAUAAAUGAACUAACUUUCCUACAGUAAUAUCCUCUAGACCUUUUCUGACGUUUGAUGUGGUGGAUGUCAGAGAAAAACCUGAUGUGUUCCGAAAGCAGCUGUAGUCACAUACACUCCUUUAUUUCUGUCAGACGUUAAGAAAGAAAUUAAGCACAAUGUAGUAAAAAAAUAAUAAUAAUUGCAUUUUCUUACCUGAUGAAGCUCAUAAUCAACAGCUGCGGUUGCCUAAAUGGUCUGGCUGUUGACUCCCUGGUGGACCUGUCUUUUGUAGCUGUACCACGAAGUGCGUUUUCUCAUUUUUCAGACUUGGGUGGUGACGUCACUUGAAGCCGGGGCCAAAACGCAUUUGCAACAGACUGUUUUCGCGAGUAUUUACCUCCCACAUUUUUUGCAUAGGUGAUCUUUGAAGCAAAAGUGCUCACUUCAUCCUUUCUGUAAUAAGCAGGCACACAUGCGUUCGACAUAUUUCUGUGUCAAAAGGUCUUUUCGUCUCAACAAAACAAUCCAUCGCGUUCAGAGAUUUCCAGAAGGUGCCGUUACAGUCACUCUGUCAUCAUCCAUAUAUGGUAGUGCCUUUCUGUUUUAGAGGACGUGACUCAGAAGGCUCUUUGUGUUUCGGAUAAGUGCAUUUUUAAAUUAUUUAAGAAAAGGCAGUUGUGAUUUGUUUCAUACUUUGAAGCUUUUCAGGUUUUCUGGCUCUAAAAGAUGAUGAUAUAUGCCCUUUAACCGGGGCCUUGUGGAAUCAACAGGGGUGAGCAAAGUAUGAAGUUGCUGCUACCGAUUAUCUUAGUUCUUCCAUGUUACAAUGAGAAGAGAAAACAUGAUGAAUUUGGUAUGAAUAUAUAACUAUAUACUGUCAAAUAUGUGAAAUAUGUAUAUCAAAGUAUAGAUAUAACAAUAUAUAAAGUAUAUAGUUUAAAAGUAUAUAAAGUACGGAUUGUGUUUGAAAGCCUUUAAGCGGGGAGCCCGUGUGCCAUGGGGGAGACAGAUUUUUCACUGGAAUGCACAUCAGUAAAACAAAACUGUAUUUUGAUUCAGUGCAUCUUUUCUUGUGCAAUAAACGUGUUUUAGAUUUAGAUUUUUUUUUUUGGUUCCCUUUUAAUAUGUGGCGAUGUCAUUAACUCACCACUUUAUUAUACCCUCCCCCCCUCCCUACAAACAGGUGGCAGUCAAAACGAUGCUGGUGCAUCUUUGCUUUAAACAAAUAGUCUAGUCAGUCAGAAAUUAGAGGAAAUCACACUCAGUCUCCACACAGUAGGGCAAGGUACAAAGACGUCAACUUAUUCAAAUAAUAUAUAUAUAUAUAUAUAUAUAUAGUUAUUUUUCUUUUUGCAUCUAGAGUGCCUUAUAUUUAUGCCUGUUUUUAUAAUGUUUUAUUUACCAUUCAUGUAUCCUUUGAGUAUUCUAGGCAUUUAGUGGAAAUUAAACUGUAAAGUUUAUUUACCUUUAGUUUUUAUUUGUCACAUAAUGCAAAUAAGAACCUUUUAAUGGUCAGUGUUCAUUUUUGUGGCCUUACAGAGGCUGAGGGAAUUGGAACAAAGCAACCACUACAGAAAUGUAAAAACCCCCCAAAAUACAAAAAAAGUGCACAGUUGGGGAUGGGAUGAUAAUGUAAAACUAAACAUUAAAUUUGAAAAAGAUUAAUGCUAGUCUCCAAGCCCCCAACAUACAGUUAAAUGUCAACUAACAUUCUCAAGUGGAUUUUGUUUACAAAAAAAAAAAACAGAAUAACAAAUGGAUGCACAAACGCAGAUCAUCAAUGACUGGUUUCUUCUUUAUGCCUUUUGUCUUUAUACACAACACCUCAGAGCCGACCUAGGGACAAAAUGUCCCUUCUGUUAAACUGACAGUCUUUAACAAUGUGCUAUCUUCUUUGUCUCCAAGUUAAAGAGAAGGUUUUUGCACCAGCUUGAGCACCAUUACUCUCUAAUGCUCCCUGAGAGCCGGGUUUUACCACCAAACCGUCACAACCUGAAAGAACUGACUCUGAUUCUUGUAAAAUUAGUAUCAGGGGCCCGACUCUUCUCUGAUAAUAAAAGCUGAAAACUUGAGAAACACUUAAGUCAUCUUAUUUUUCUUUGAGAAGAGCUUAUAGAAUCUGCCUAAUUAAGACGUAAUCUAACAAAACACUGAACUCCAACGUUACUAAAAAGUUAGUGAGCUCACCGUCUCUUACCUCCUGCUUAUCUUAAUACCACCAGUCACUUCGUGAUUGUAGGGCGAAGUACAGCACAAAGUGGCAUUCUUCUCUGAAUUUAUAAACGCAGUUUGUGAUGGAGAUUAGAAACUCUGAUUUUUGUUUCUAGUGUUGUGGCCGUGUAACUGAUGCUGUUCAUUUUGCCUUAGAGGUAAUUCAUACUUUCCCUCUUUUGGUCUUUUCAUGCCCAGAUUUUGGGGGAUAAACAGGAGCAAUUUGACACUGAACAUUUCAUACUGACCACAAACCACUUGGUACCCACUUUGACCACAAAUAAUUGAAUGCAAUUCCCUUUGAUCCAGUCAUAAGUUCCCACAUGGCAAUGUGGAUUUGAAGAAUGAAGAGAAUGAUGAGCCAAAAUUAGGGACUGGAAGCAAAAAUAAUUGGAAAUGGCUUACAAAUAAACCAACCAAAUAAAAUACCUAAAAUGUUUAAUUACUAUUUAUUAUUAUUUAUCUCAAACAUGAUAUACAUAGCUUACAUGGGUACAAAAUUGGAUUGAAUAUAAGAAAAUAUAUAUUCAUAUUUUUUGGAUAAAAAUUAUGCAAUAUUUAGCUUUAUCAUGACAAUAUCUUCUCCCCUCUCCAUGAGCUUUAGCAUCUCAGCUAAUAAAAAUGUACAUCAGGUAGAUCUACUCUAACUGGUUAAACGUAUGAGAAACAUUUUCCCAACAUUAGGUUUGCACAAUAAAAGCUGAAAAUCAAUCACUCAAGUCUGUUCUGUAUUUUAUAAAUUUAACUACAGAGAUUUAGAUUUGGGUGGUGGGAAGAGCUGAUGUGGUUCUGUGCCAGGUGAGAACCAGUUCUACCCACCAGCUUUGAAACUGGUUUGGUGGAAAAACCCCACUUGAUGGCUUUGUGGAUGUGCAUUCCAGGUGCUUUCUUUCCCUUAUUUCCUGAAGCAGCUGUGAGUUUUUGUUUUACUCCUUUUCCUGAUUGUUUUGUCACAAUAGUCUCGGAACAUGUUAAUUUUUUUUUUCCUCAUCUGAUUUUUCUUAUCAGUUAUUAGUUUUUCAUUAUGCACGGUAAAGAACUUGCAGAGUGGCCAAAACCCGGCCAAGUAGGAAAGACUUGCACUUUCUCUUAUCUUUGUACUAUGCACUGCCCUAUUGAUUCUGAACCCAAUAAUGUAUUACUUGAACCCAUCUCUUAAAAAAGAAAACUCCUCAGACAUUCACUUUGUGUGUAUGUAAAUAACACAGAAAAGGUAUCAACCUGCUAAAAGGACAAAAAAAUAAAAAUAAAAAGAGUCUGUGGCGAAAAAGAGCAUUCGUUCUGAUGCCACCAUGGUUUACUCCAGCAGAUGACUUCAGAGAAAUCUGUUCCCCCAAACCAUCUGUUCUUGUGGCUUUGCCAUUCGAGCUUGGAGUGUCAUUAACAGAAAUAAACGUUGUGUUCUCUGCUCUCUCUCUAUCUAUCUCUCGUCUGGAUGCAUAGACUGAUAACUAAAUAAUGAAAUUGUAAAAAGAAAAAAAAAUAUGGCUUGUUAAAAAGAUUAUACGAUUACCUCUGAUUAGUUGUAAGCGUAAACUGUUUCUUUUUUCUGAAUGAAAGGAGUGCUUUUUAUUUUCUUACUUAGGUUACAUUGGUGGAGAAAGAAGUCUGUAAGAAAACCAGUUCUUUGCUGACACGAGUUCCAUUUGUUAUAAAUGAAUUCUAUUAAAAAAUGUCAGUGUUAUGCA